CGCAGACGCGCACGAGGUCGGCAAGAAAAUGUGUGAAAAAAACCACUUCUGCGGGCCGAUCUCCAAGGGACCCCUCGCUCACCCCGUCAUAAAACUGCAAAAUGCACGCACGCACGUGGGAAAUCUGCGAACACACUGCAUUCUUUCAUUUCCGAGCCAUGUGCCAAGCUCCCAACCACAUCAAACUGCCCCAAGAGCCGCACAUGGCCCUGCAAUACCACCACCGCCGCCAGCGCCGGCUAGCCCAGAUUUUGCGCAUCUUGCGCGGCACGACAUCGCAACCAACGUCCAGUGCAUGCUCGCUCAACAAAUUGGCCUACGUCGCGCUCUCGAUCAAGCUCGAGCGACUCAUUUACAGAGUUCUGCCGGCCAACACUGGAAUUCUGUCGGACGAACUGCUUGAGCUCCAUAUGCGCCGAGUGAUCCAUCGCAUUCUCGCCGUCAAGAAAGCGAAGGCUGCCGCGUCCACGGAUAUCAAGCCUACGGACGCAACUGUCCUCGUUGCGCUCUGACCCGACGCGUCGUCUUUAUAACUUAUUGCAUCCUGGUUCAUCGUAAAAAAUAUUCAAUGGAAGUGUGUCUUCGUCAAAAGAAGUGGGCUCCUAGUGUCGAGCGGAGAGAUUUGACCAAACCCACGACCACGAAGCCUUCCAAAUC